AUGAGCGGCAGCAGCGAUCCCGAGCGCGAGCACGCCCUUGAGGGCUACAAGUCGAAGCUGCUCGAGUCAAGAGAAUGGGAGGCAAAGCUGAAGUCGCUGCGGUUAGAUAUCAAGGGCCUGCAGCAUGACUUUGACGUAUCAGAGGACAAUAUCAAGGCGCUACAGAGUGUGGGUCAGAUAAUAGGAGAGGUCCUGAAGCAGCUGGACGAGGAGAGAUUCAUCGUCAAGGCAUCGUCAGGUCCGCGAUAUGUAGUCGGUUGCAGAUCCAAGGUCGACAAGGCGAAGCUGAAGCAAGGCACUCGCGUCGCACUAGAUAUGACGACCCUCACCAUAAUGCGCAUGCUGCCCCGCGAAGUCGACCCGCUCGUCUACAACAUGUCGUUGGAGGAUCCUGGCCAAGUCAGCUUCGGCGGUAUCGGCGGUCUGAACGAGCAGAUUCGAGAGCUGCGAGAGGUCAUCGAACUCCCCCUAAAAAACCCCGAGCUGUUCCUGCGAGUAGGCAUCAAGCCCCCCAAGGGCGUACUGCUAUACGGGCCACCAGGAACCGGAAAGACGCUGCUAGCGCGAGCCGUGGCGAGCAGUCUCGAGACAAACUUUCUCAAGGUCGUCUCUUCAGCUAUCGUCGACAAGUACAUCGGAGAGUCGGCGCGUCUCAUUCGCGAGAUGUUCGGGUACGCAAAGGAGCAUGAGCCAUGUAUCAUCUUCAUGGACGAGAUUGACGCUAUCGGUGGACGAAGAUUCUCUGAGGGUACAUCGGCAGAUCGAGAGAUUCAGCGUACAUUAAUGGAGCUGCUGAACCAGCUAGACGGCUUCGACUACCUCGGACAGACCAAGAUUAUUAUGGCUACAAAUCGACCGGAUACCCUCGAUCCUGCCCUUCUCCGUGCUGGACGUCUUGACCGCAAGCUCGAAAUUCCCCUGCCAAACGAGGUCGGCCGACUCGAGAUUAUGAAGAUUCAUUCUGCCAGCGUCGUGACCGAUGGUGAGAUCGACUUUGAGAGCAUAGUCAAGAUGAGCGAUGGCUUCAACGGUGCUGAUCUGCGAAAUGUCGUCACCGAAGCCGGUCUGUUCGCCAUCAAAGACUACCGAGACUCUAUCAACCAAGACGACUUCAACAAGGCGGUGCGGAAAAUGGCCGAGUCGAAGAAGCUGGAGGGCAAGCUUGAGUACCAGAAGUUGUAG